UCCACGCUGCAGCUGAGACCUGCCACCAUGAAGCUCUUCUCCUGCCUCAUGGCUCUUCUCCUCUUCCUCCUCCAGGCUGUUCCAGGUCUCGGCUUGCCCAAGGACACCCUGCGUUGUCUGGAAUACCACGGCUACUGCUUCCAUUUGAAAUCCUGCCCGAAGCCUUUUGCUGCGUUUGGAACUUGCUACCGGCGUCGGAAAACCUGCUGCAUAGACACGACAUCAAACUUCCACAUUUGUCAAGAGGAGGGGGGUCAUUGUGUGCCCCCAGAAAUCGGAUGCCUGCAAGAACAAGUGGGGCUCUGCCCUCGCAAGGGAUGGAAGUGCUGCACAGAAGUGUGACGAGGACCUCGUGGAAUUGCAGAGAACCACAGAAAUGCAUGGCCAAGAAAACAACUGAGGGGUUUUCUUCUAGUGUU